AUCAGCGCCGCCGGUCUCCGCCUGAACCAGCGCUGUCCUCGUCGGCUCCUGCGCUCCGCGGCCUCCCACUCCCGCCUGCCUCCACCCCUUCUCCCACCGCGCCGGCGACCUCCUCUAAUCUACUCUCCGCUCACGACACGCCCCCUUCGUCCUCGGCGUCGACGGCCCCCGGCAACUCCUCGCAAUUCUGGCCCCCACCGGUAAGAAACCCUAAACCCUGGAAGGAAUUCGCAGCCCCUCAGGACCUCUGGCGAUGCAUCUCACUCUCGAAUUCGGGGGUGGGCUGGAGCUGCUCCUUAAGAGCUCCACCAAGGUGCACAAGGUGGAGGUCCCGCCCAAGGACGGCGAAGGCAAGGUUACGAUGAAGGGUUUGCUCUCCUGGGUCAAGGCCAAUCUGAUCAAGGAGCGCCCGGAGAUGUUCGUCAAGGGAGAUUCCGUGAGGCCUGGGGUUCUUGUCCUGAUAAAUGACUGUGACUGGGAGCUGUGUGGUGGUCUUGAUGCAGAGUUGGAAGAGAAGGAUGUGGUGGUUUUCAUAUCCACUUUACAUGGUGGUUAGUUUAAUUAUCGGGAUGUUACAUCUUAUGAUUUUUCUGAUAAUUGCAUCUUGUAUCAUGUUGGAAAAGGAUUGCGAGUCGUGGAACUGAACCUGAUGAUACCUGUAUCAUCAACUAUAGUUCCAUUUUCCUGACUGAAACACAGUCAUAUAAUAUUGUACACAACCGAUCCUGUAUUUUUGCAAUACUGCUGUGCUUGCUGUAUACAUAAGUGGAUGGCCAAGUGUUUUUUCAUGUCAUGACUACGGAAUUAUCCGAAAAGGGAACAAUUUUGAUGUA